AUGAAGAUUGCACCCUUCACAUGGUUGCUGCUGUUCAGCUGCUUCUUUGCUUGGCCCACCAGCAAUCAGGAGGAGGACAAGAUUGAGGCGUUGCCUGGACAACCCAAUGGAAAAAAUGGAGCGAAUUUCAAUCAGUACGCGGGAUAUGUAACGGUGGAUCCUAAGAAUGGAAGGGCGCUCUUCUAUUAUUUCACCGAGAGUCCAGGAGAUCCUUCAACCAAACCUCUAGUCUUAUGGCUCAACGGAGGUCCUGGAUGCUCCUCCUUAAUUGGAGCUAUGAUGGAACAAGGCCCCUUCAGAGUUAACUCGGACGGAAAGACUCUCUUUAAAAAUGACUAUGCAUGGAAUAAUGUGGCAAACGUGAUCUUCUUGGAAUCGCCGGCCGGCGUAGGUUUCUCAUAUUCAAAUACAACCUCAGAUUACGAUGUAAGCGGAGACAAGAGAACAGCUGAUGAUGCCUAUACAUUUCUUGUAAACUGGCUAGAGAGAUUUCCUCAGUACAAAACACGCGAUUUCUUCAUCACUGGAGAAAGCUAUGCAGGCCAUUAUGUGCCUCAGUUGGCCUACACCAUCCUCGUCAACAACAAAAACACCAACCAGACUAUCAUCAACCUCAAAGGCAUCGCUGUUGGCAAUGGAUGGGUCGACUACAUUACCAAUGAAAUAGGGACUUAUGAUUAUAUUUGGACUCAUGCCAUGAACUCAGAUGAAACCAAUGCACAGAUCCAUGCGACAUGUGACUUCUCGGCCAACUUCACCAAAGAAUGCUUGAAUGCCCUAAAUGAUGCCGACGACCAAAUUGGAAAUAUCGAUACCUACAACAUAUAUGCUCCCCUCUGCAACUAUAACAACAACCAAACAACUGUCUCAACUGGUUCGAUUACGAACUUUGAUCCCUGCUCGGGAAUCUAUGUCAACUCUUAUAUGAAUGUGGCCGAGGUGCAGAAGGCUAUUCAUGCAAACGUUACUGGGUUGGCCUAUAAAUGGAGUAGUUGCAGCGGCGGCCUCUUGGUUUGGAAUGAUAGCCCAUUGACCAUUUUACCUACCAUGCAACAACUUAUUGCCAGUGGCAUAAGCGUCUGGAUGUACAGUGGGGACAUGGACGCUGUGUGUCCUGUUACAGCGACCAGAUACUUCAUAAACAAGCUUGGAGUAAAUGUGGACACUCCUUGGCGCCCUUGGUACUCCAACAAUGAGGUGGGAGGAUAUGUGGAGGGGUACGAAGGAUUGACAUUGGUGACAGUAAGAGGAGCUGGGCACUUGGUUCCAAGCUACCAGCCUCAAAGAUCACUGACCAUGAUCUCAUCCUUCCUUCAAGGGGUUCUUCCUCCUUCUGCAUAAGUGUUUGAAUGCUCAUGUAUCACCUGAUUUUCUUCUCUUAAUAAUGUUCUCGUGCUUCCUGUCAUGAAAGAUUCUCAUUUUAAGUAAAUAAAUUUUCAGGUGGUGUGCUCUCACACCUUUCAUUAAAAAAAAUAAAA